AUGGCACAGCAAACAGGCUCUACCCUCUCGGUUCGCGCUCAAGAUGCCUCGUCCGCAGCUGCCCAGAACCUAAUGUGGGACAUCCUGGUCGACUCUUGGUGCCCGGCAUCCAACCCAAAUGGUUAUAUCAACGUUGGUGUCGCAGAAAACGCCCUUAUGCACACCGAACUCCUGCAAUACCUCAACAAGAAUCCACAAUUACCCGCCGAGUAUCUCACCUACAACGACGGAGGUGGCGGCUCAAACAGACUCCGCCGUGCUAUCGCCCAAUUUCUGAACCGUCAUUUGAACCCCGUCAUACCGCUAGAUGCGGAGCAGUUAGUCGUCACAAACGGCGUUUCACCUGCUAUCGAGCAUGUAUCAUGGGCCUUUACAGAUCCAGGAGAAGGCAUUCUGCUGGGAAGACCAUACUACGGCACUUUUAUUCCAGAUCUCUCGACGCGACCCGGUGCCACGGUAGUGCCCGUGAAUUUCGACGACGUGGAUCCGUUUAGUGCCGAGGCUGUCUCGAAAUAUGAAGACGCCCUUGUUUCUUUCCAGCAGUCCAGCGGGAAGAGAGUCAAGGCCUUGAUGCUAUGUCACCCGCAUAACCCACUUGGCCGAUGCUACCCCCGCGAAGUGAUCAUCAUGUUGAUGCAGUUGUGCCAAAAGUAUCAGAUCCAUCUAAUCAGCGACGAGAUCUACGCGUUAUCCGUCUUCGAGAACACGGUGGAUGAGCACCCUCCACCGGUCAAAUUUGAGUCCGCGCUAUCAAUUGAUCUAAAGGGGAUCAUUGAUCCCAAACUCGUGCAUGUACUCUGGGGCAUGAGCAAAGACUUCGGCGCAAACGGGAUCCGUCUCGGCGUGAUUAUCUCCCAGUCCAGCCCCGAAUUCCACGGCGCACUCAGAGCGAUCUCACUGUAUUCGUAUUCCUCGGGUAUCGCAGAUCACUUGGUCGCAGGUCUAUUGGAAGCCGAGGCAUUUACAAACGAUUAUAUCCAGGAGAACCAAAAGAGGCUUUCAGAAUCGUACGCAUUCGCUGUGCAGUUUCUGAAGAAAAACGGCAUCGAAUACGCACCUGGUUGUAAUGCUGCGUUUUUCCUUUGGGUGGAUCUGGGUAAGAGGUACAGGGAGGUACAUCAAGAGGUUUCUGCGGAUGAGGAAAUUGGAGAGAAGGUAAUGCGGCGGUUGUUGGAGGAGAAAGUGUUCUUGGCUAGUGGGGUGUUGUUUGGGUCAGAGAAGGAUGGGUGGUUUAGGAUUGUGUUUACGCAGCCGAGGGAUUACCUGGAGCGUGCCCUGGAGAGGAUCGUCAAAGCUGUGGAAGAAUAG